AAGACAUUUAUUAUAUAAACACACAAAGAAAAGCACAAAGAAUAGGAAGAAGUUGCUGAGUCAUUGUUCUUGUUCAGUCUUUAUAACAUGACGGUUUCACGGUUCGACACCUGCGACCUCAUUAUCGUCUGUAGCGCUGCUUUGCAUCUGGGCUGGAUUUGAAUAAAUCAUUUUCAGCUCUUUGUGCCGGUUUAUCUUUAUUUUAAACAAAUGGACGUUUGAGAGGAGGAGGAGGAACAGAUUUAUAUGAGACGGACGGUUCACGAGACGAGAAGAAAUUCACCUCUCAGGGGACCUCAGGUAUCUAUCUACAGUCUUCCAGUUCUCCAUCAUGUGGACCCAGGUCCUGGUCUUCCUGCUGUUGUCAGGCUGGACGUCCGUCUCUGCUAAAAAACCUUUCAGAUUCAUCAGUUCCCUGAUGACGUGGGCCGAGGCUCAGCUUCACUGCAGGACCGACUUCAUCGACCUCGCCACCAUCGCCGACUCCAACGCCAACAGCAAAGCCCGGGCGGCCGGGGGGGGCGCCAGGGUCUGGAUCGGGCUCCUCCACGGGCCCUGGGAAUGGUCUCAGGGCCAGGACCUGUCCACGUACACCUGGUACACCCAGUGGGCCUGGGGCGAGCCGGUCCAGACCGGGGAGUGUGUCAGAAUAUCCAACUAUGGGCAAUGGUCCACCAAAGACUGUGGGGCCAAGUACUACUUCUCCUGCUACAGCGCUGUGACUCAGAGUCACGUCCUGGUGAGGAAGAAGCUGAGCUGGUCGGAGGCUCAGUCUUACUGCAGGACCAAUCACACGGACCUGAGCAGCAUCACGACCUCAGGGGACAACUCCCUGAUCACCGACCAGCUGAUGGACGCAGCGCCCACCGACCCGUCUUAUAGUUUCUUUAAUUUUUUUACGGUCUACGCCUGGUUCGGUUUGCACAGGGAGAUACACGACUGGUCGGACAACAGCAGCGCCUCCUACAGGCACUGGGCCAGUCAGCAGCCUAAUAACACAGCAGAGUGUGUGAUGAUGGACUCAUCCACGGCCGAAUGGUUCACGGCCUCCUGCAGCCAGCGCCUCCCCUUCCUCUGCCAAGCAGAACCUGAAUCUUUGUGGCGGACGUCGGUGAAGAUCCGACUGAGCGGAGGCUCUGCAGACCUGAACGACCCCGCGGUGCAACAAUCCAUCAAACAGCAGCUGGGGCAGAAACUGGCCGAUGGAGGCAUCACAGGAGGCGUCAAGCUGAGGUGGAAGUCUCCACCGGACAGGGCGGUUUUCCACAGAGAGGAUGAGGAGGUGGCGCCCCCUGCUGGCCCAGAGGAGAAGGACUGCCGCGUGAAAACCAAGGACUGAUUAUUGAUGUGUUUUAGUGGCUUUGUUCUAAUUAGUCUGUUGUGUAGUUUGUCUUUAAUGAAACAAAAUGAUUUGAGUAGUAAACAUGAGCAGAUAUAAAGUUAAUGGUGCUUUACAUUAGAUAUUGAUAAGUUAUCGGAAAAUAUGUCCGACUCGUUGUUUUAUUUUUUUUUUAAUUAAAUCAUUAAUUCCUCCUUAAAUAUUUUUUUGAUUGUUGUUGUUGUCUUUUCAUUUCACCGGUGCUUAACUUUAACUGUACAUAUAAAUGACCCAAAACAGGAGUUUAUUGAACUCAUUUUGAAUGAAUAUUGUUAAAUAGAAUUAGGAGCCGAGAGACAUCGACAUAACACAAAAAGGUCACGAAGAACGACUUUCUGCAGGAACUUUGAUGAAAAAGGAAAAUGGUGGAAUCAGGACGUCUGGAGUUUCGGAUCUGACUAAUAAAAAAAUGUUUUAGAGCUUUGUGCCUCUUCAGAAUGACUGGACUUGUUCUGUUCUGAUGUGUCAUCAGAGCAGCUUCUUCAGUUCUAAGAGAGCGGAGGGAAGUUUGAGUUUUAAAUAGGAAGUUGCCAGUUUCAGAUGGUUUUUAUCCUCAGAGUUUCCCAUGUGAACCUCAAACUUCCCUCCGCUCUCUGAGAACUGAAGAAGCUCCUCAGAUGAACACUUAUUGGAUAUAAACCGUGACAUUAAUGACUGAGGACCUUCACAGACAUAACUGCACAUUAUAGAUUCCAUGAAAAAUAUUUAAAAUUCCUCCAUAUCUCCCCGGGGAAAUGACUUCCAGCAGUAUCUCAGACGUCAGUGCAAAGUUAAGUUUCUGUGACAGAUUAGUGAUGAGCUGACGUGGUUUGAUUUGGUUUCUACACCAUGAUAGAUAUGGAAGGAAUAUCAGUACUUUUAUGGAUUCUAUAACGUGCACAGUGGUAGAGUUUGUGCAGAUUUCAGCUAAAAAAAAAAAAAAAAGCUUUAGAUUUCACUGUUGAAUGUUCAAAUCUUUCAAUAACCUCAAUAUUUAGCGCCAUCUGCUGGCUAAGCUUUAGAAGAAGCUACUCAAACGUCUUCUCAAAACUCUACAAGUCCAGUUUUUUAAUUAUAUAUAUAUAUAAACCAUAACAUGAAUGACUGAGAUCCUUCACAGACUAUUUGUGGCAGAUUAGAGAUUAACUGGCUUUUAAAUGUGGUUUAUACUCCCGUAACCUGUUUAUGUGCAUAGUCGGGUCCGACACCGUGCGCUGGUUUGUAGGGACGGUUCUGUAAUUAUGCACCUGAAAUGCUGCUGGACUACGAGUGUCUGACAGCGCAACAAUAAUCUGCCACAGAUGGAAGGGCAGGAAAAUAUAUGGAAGGAAAAUCAGUACUUUUCUGGAUUCUUUUGUGUUUGUGCAGAUUUGAGCUAAAGAAAAAGCUGCUGGUUAACUUCUAACACAGCAUUAAUCCACCUGUGCUGUUUCUCUUGUAAUGAUGAUCCACACGUUAAAAUCAAAAGCAGGGACACAUUUAUUAACAAACACUGAUCAGAGUCGAGAUGAUCGGAGGGUUUACCAUGAAAAAAAACAAAAAAAAAACAACAACACACAUCAGUGACGUUCAGACCGAAUAUAAAAGUCAGGAGUUAGUAU